AUGGGGAACGCCAGUUGCUGUUCUAGCAAUGAUGGAAGGCCUGAGUUCGAGACCUUAACUGCUGCUGCCCGCGGUGUCGUGGGGCAGAAGAAAGCCUUGCUGGUGGGCCUCAACUACCGCAACACUCGGGCAGAGCUGCAUGGCUGCAUCAAUGAUGUGAACAACAUGCAGACGGUCUUGGUGCAGCAGUACGGCUUCAAGCUGGAGGACAUCAUGAUGCUUAACGAGGAUCAGGACAAGAGCAAAUGGCCUUACAAGAAGGUGAUCAUGGAGGGUUUGCAGUGGCUUUACCAGGGCGCGAAGGAUGGGGAUCUGCUCUUUUUCCAUUACAGCGGCCAUGGCUCAACGUACCAGCUGGACAAGAAGGCCAUGGCAGCAGAUGCCAUUUGUCCUCUGGAUUGCCUUGACAAGCAGUGGCCAGAGGCAGUCAUCCUGGACACCGAGAUCCACGAGAAGCUUUAUGAUCCGUUGCCGAAAGGCUGCAAAGCCGUUUGCAUCUUCGACUGCUGCCAUUCUGCAACAGUCGCCAACCUUUGUGAGACCAUGGUUGUGAAGGAGGGCCCUAUGACUGCGGCCAGGAAGGCGGAGUUAGUCAAGGAACUCACGGACCAGAAGAACAAAGCGGCAGCCAAGGUUCGCUUCUACAACGAGAUCAACUCCGGCAAGCUGGACAUCAAGAAAAAGACCCGCGAGGAAAUGAUCAAACUGAUGGAAGCGCACCAGUUCCCCAAGCGAGGGCCGUACUAUGACGACGACGAAGCCAACUACAACUACCUCAUCGGCCUUUCCAUCUCACACUUGUUCAAGUCCUCCGUUGAGAAGGACGAGGCAAUCCUGGAGCGGAAGACCAAGGCGUUGGCACAUGUGGAGAGCCUGAAGCCGGGUGAGGGUGCCCAGAUCUAUGUUGGAAACCUGGAGGAGGAACAGCAGACAGCAUACACCAAGAGCCACUCCAGCACCAACAGGGAGAUCCGCCUCCGCUAUCUACCGCAGCCGAAGAUGGACCAGGACGAGGAUGCGGGAACGACCAAGCCCCUGGGCACCGGCCUGCGAGAUGUGCUGCGGAAGGCGAAGUACGAGGAUCAUCAGCUCUGGGUCUUCUCCGGAUGCCAGGAUGACCAGACCAGCGCCGAUGCGCAUGUGGAUGGCAUCUACCAGGGAGCUUUUACUUGGGCUCUCAUCAAGGCUCUGAAGUCGGAUGGCUACAUGGAGAGCUACAGCAACCUGCUUCUCCAGAUCAAGUCGAAUCUGGAGGGCGGAAGCUACAAGCAGGUUCCUGCCCUGUCCACCACGCGCAAGACCUACCUGGACUAUGGCUUCUGUGGCAAGCUCAGGGAAGGCGUGACUGGAACUGAGAGGUGA